AUGUGGGGGCUCCUGAAGCGCCCGGUCACGGUCACGGCCAACAUCAACCUCAACGUGGUGGUGCUGACGGCGUUGGGGCUGCUGAGCCGCCUGUGGGGUCUCUCCCACCCGCGCGCCGUCGUCUUUGACGAAGUCUAUUACGGGCAGUACAUCUCCUUUUACAUGAAGCGGAUCUUCUUUCUCGAUGCCAGCGGCCCACCGUUUGGCCACAUGCUGCUGGCCCUGGGAGGUUAUUUAGGAGGAUUUGAUGGCAACUUUCUAUGGAACCGUAUUGGAGCAGAGUACAGCAGCAACGUGCCCGUGUGGUCGCUGCGCCUGCUGCCUGCGCUGGCGGGGGCCCUGGCGGUGCCCAUGGCCUACCAGAUCGUGUGGGAGCUGCGCUUCUCUCACUUCACCGCCAUGGGCGCCGCCCUGCUGCUGCUCAUCGAAAACACGCUGAUCACGCAGUCGCGGCUCAUGCUGCUGGAGUCGGUGCUGAUAUUCUUUAAUCUCUUGGCCGUGCUGUCCUACCUGAAGUUCUCCAGCUCCCAGAAGCACAGGUCCUUCUCUCUGAGCUGGUGGCUUUGGCUGAUCCUGACGGGCGUGGCCUGUGCCUGUGCGGUGGGCAUCAAGUACUCGGGUGUCUUCACCUACCUGCUCGUGCUCAGUGUCGCUGGCGUCCAGGCCUGGCACCUGCUCGGGGACCACACCCUGUCUCACGUCCGGGUGCUGUGCCACGUGCUGGCCAGGGUGGCGGCCCUGCUGCUGCUCCCGCUGCUCACCUACGUGCUCUUCUUCUACGUGCACCUCAAGCUGCUCUACCGCUCGGGGCCCCACGACCAGAUCAUGUCCAGCGCCUUCCAGGCCAGCCUGGAGGGAGGCCUGGCUCGCAUCACCCAGGGCCAGCCCCUGGAGGUGGCUUUCGGCUCGCAGGUCACUCUGAGGAGCCUCUCAGGCAAGCCGGUGCCCUGCUGGCUGCACUCGCACCAGAACACCUACCCCAUGAUCUACGAGAGCGGCCGCGGCAGCUCGCACCAGCAGCAGGUCACCUGCUACCCGUUCAAGGACGUGAACAACUGGUGGAUGGUGAAGGACCCCGGCAGGCAUCAGCUGGUGGUCGACAGCCCCCCGAGACCCGUGCGGCACGGUGACGUCAUCCAGCUGGUGCACGGCAUGACCACGCGCUUCCUCAACACGCACGAUGUGGCAGCGCCCCUGACCCCCACCGCGCAGGAGGUGUCCUGCUACGUGGACUACAACAUUUCCAUGCCUGCCCAGAACCUCUGGAGACUGGACAUCGUGAACAGGCAGUCGGACACGGAGAUCUGGAAGAAUAUCCUGUCGGAGGUGCGCCUGGUGCACGUGAAUACGUCGGCGGUGCUCAAGCUGAGCGGGGCGAACCUCCCGGACUGGGGCUUCCGGCAGCUGGAGGUGGUCGGGGAGAAGCUGCAGCGCGCCUUCCACGAGAGCAUGGUGUGGACGGUGGAGGAGCACCGCUACGGCCAGAGCCAGGAGCAGCGGGAGCGGGAGCUGGAGCUGCACACGCCCACCCAGACGGACAUCAGCCGCAACCUGAGCUUCAUGGCCCGCUUCUCGGAGCUGCAGUGGCGGAUGCUGACGGUGAGGAGUGACGACUCAGAGCACAAGUACAGCUCCACGCCGCUCGACUGGGUCACACUGGACACCAACAUCGCGUACUGGGUGCACCCCAAGAGCAGCGCACAGAUCCACCUGCUGGGGAACAUCGUGAUCUGGGCCUCGGCCAGCCUGGCCACGCUGGUCUACGGCCUGCUCUUCUGCUGGUACCUGCUUCGCCGCCGGAGACGCAUCCACGACCUCUCGGAGGAUGCCUGGCUGCAGUGGGUGCUGGCUGGGGCUCUGUGCGCCGGGGGCUGGGCAGUGAACUACCUCCCCUUCUUCCUGAUGGACAAGACGCUCUUCCUCUACCACUACCUGCCUGCGCUCACCUUCCAGAUCCUUCUGCUCCCGCUGGUCCUAGAGCACGUCUGCCAACACCUGUGCAGGUCCGGGAUGCAGAGGACUCUCUUCACUGCCCUCGUGGCCGCCUGGUACUCCGUCGCCUGCCACGUGUUCAUUGCUCUGCGUCCCCUGACUUACGGGGACACGUCACUGUCGGCCAGCGAGCUCCAGGCUCUCCGCUGGAGAGAGAGCUGGGACAUCCUGAUCCGGAAACACUAGCCAGGCCAUGCCCAGGCACAAGUCUUACAAAUAGGUU